AUGGCUAUGGCUAUGAAUGUUAGUAGUCUAUGUUUUUGUGUUCAAAGUAAUAGGAGAUUUGUUAAUAGAGUGAGAGCUGUUGCCUCUGAGGAGUUUACUGCUUCGAAAAUGAAGGAAGAUAAGGUGAAGCUGGGUGGAUCUGAUUUGGAGGUUACAAGGCUUGGAAUUGGUGCUUGGUCUUGGGGUGAUACCAGCUACUGGAAUAACUUUGAAUGGGACGAUAGGAAAAUGAAAGCUGCCAAAGCAGCUUUUGAUACAAGUGUUGAUUGCGGUAUAACUUUCUUUGAUACCGCUGAAGUUUAUGGAUCUAGGUUCGCAUUUGGUGCCAUAAAUUCCGAAACUCUUCUAGGAAGAUUUGUCAAGGAAAGGAAAGUAAAAGAUCCUGAAGUGGAGAUAGCUGUUGCAACCAAGUAUGCAGCUUUGCCAUGGAGGCUGGGACGUCAGAGUGUUCUAAAUGCCCUUAAGGAUUCCCUCAACCGCCUUGAACUUUCUUCAGUAGAGCUAUAUCAACUACAUUGGCCUGGAAUAUGGGGAAAUGAAGGAUAUAUUGAUGGUCUUGGGGAUGCUGUUGAGAAGGGCCUUGUGAAGGCUGUUGGUGUUUCAAAUUAUAGUGAGAGCCGACUUCGUGAUGCUUACGAGAGGCUUAAGAAAAGAGGUAUUCCACUGGCUUCAAAUCAAGUGAAUUACAGCCUUAUAUACAGGGCACCUGAGGAGAAUGGUGUGAAGGCGGCCUGUGAUGAACUUGGGGUCACUUUGAUUGCAUAUUCUCCCAUUGCUCAAGGUGUUCUUACAGGAAAGUAUACACCAGAAAAUCCACCAACCGGUCCUCGAGGCCGGAUUUACACUCCCGAGUUUCUAACGAAGCUCCAACCUCUGUUGAACAGAAUCAAAGAAAUAGGAGAGAACUACAGUAAAACUAACACACAGGUGGUGCUGAACUGGCUAGUAGCCCAGGAGAAUGUCGUUCCAAUCCCAGGGGCCAAGAAUGCUGAACAGGCUGAGGAAUUCGCUGGUGCACUUGGUUGGAGACUCAACAGUGAAGAGAUCGAUGAGCUGCGCUCCUUGGCAUUGGAGAUCAAACCUGUAGUUGGUUUCCCUGUUGAGAAGUUGAGUGAUAAUUGUUGGCAAAAGAGGGCCUUUGUAGGGCGUCUAAUUGGCAAACGGUGCAUGCUUUCCAUCGAGUCCCUGUUUCCGUGUGGUAUUCAAUUAGAGUUUCCUUCUACUCGUGGGAUUCGAAUUUCAAAUUUUGUGUCAGUUCUUGUCAUGAUGUCCUUGUCUUAUGUUGGUCGUGCAUUUGAGUGGUUCGCGGAGGUCCAAUACCGAUGCAGAGUUCCAUGUGUCUCUGGCUGCCACUGGCACCUUCCGAUUGAUAGGAAAAUGCUUGUAGGGAUUUGUGGAUAUCCUUCUUAUGAUUUGCUUGUGUAUUGUAUUUGUCUUGGUGUUCGAACGUUGCCCUACAUGCUUUAA